GGUGGGUAUCGUCGACGCCCUCUUGGAGGGCUGUAGGGGAAGGUGAAUGGAGGAGAUAGUAGAGACGAUAAAAUGUGUUGUGGUGGGUGAUGAGGGAGUUGGUAAAGUCGGUCUACUAAUCAGCUACUCUACUGGCCGGUAGCUACCCUAAAGAAUACAAGCCGACGAUGUUUGAUAAUUGUGCUGUUAUGGUACUAGUGGGCGGGAAAACCUACAUUUUCGGGCUGAAUGAAGCGUUUUGUCAAGAAGGCUAUGAAAGGAUGUGGCCCUCAAUGUAUCCGGAAACUGACGUCUUCAUUGUAUGCUUUUCCGUUGUUCAUCCUUCAUCAUUUGAAAAUGUCAAAGUGAAAUGGGCUCCCGAGAUUAGAAAACACUGCCCAAACACCCCAAUGAUUCUCGUUGGCACAAAGUUAGAAAAGAGGGGGGACAAAGCUAAAAUUGAAAAGCUGAAAGCGAAACGUCUCAAGCCAGUAACAUAUGGUGAGGGUCUUCAGUUGCGGAAGGAGAUUGGGGCUGUGAAGUAUCAUGAGUGCUCCACUAAGACACUAGUGGGACUGAAAGAAGUAUUUGAUGAUGCCCUCCUUGCUGCUAUCAUGCCAAUCAUGUUAGAAGAUUCAACCAAAAAAUACCUAAAAAUAGCCCUGAAGGACGGCUACAUUCCCCACAAAGAUGACAUGUUUCUUAUUCAUGGGCCGGGAGGGGUGGGCAAGUCGAGUCUCAUCGCCAUGUUCGUCGGAAAACAGAGAGAUCUUGUUCGAGUCAGCACCCCAGUUGCGGAAGAGUCCCUUCACGUCUCACCCGUCCGAGAUGUAUCAACCUCGAUGUUUACUGAUAAGUGGGAGCUAGUUGACAUCGACCGUCAGGCACGCAUGGUUGCUCACACCAGUCGACACCUCCUUCGCAAGGGUGUCCCAGUUAUAACUCAGGUUAUGAGCCCAGGUACAGAAGAAAAUGUGGGUGAUGAUUCAAUCAAAGCUAAAGAAGAUACCCAACAUUCCCACGAAUGUAAAGAAGAAAAUCAACACCCUAGUGCAUUUCUAAAAUCAAAGAAAGGUCUUCCCCGCUUUGCCUCCCGAGUAGCUUCAAAAAUCAGCUCAUUGCUUAAAAAAUCUCUGACAAAGUCGCUUGGUGAUGACCCAGAACGCAUUGAAGUUAUUGUAUCAAAAAUUCAAGAAAGCUUCCAAGAUAUAAUGCGUGAGCCAAGCAAGUCCCUUGAUCUUAUAUUAUAUUAUUCCAUCCGCCUGCUCGACUCAGGGGGGCAGCCACAGUUCCACGAGGUUGCCUCUAUUAUCCUUGCCAGCUGUCACGGGCAUCAUCUCAGUCUUCAAGCUCUCUGAACGUCUUGAUGUUCACGGAGAAGUAGUGUUUUACAAAGAAGGAGAGCAGGCCAAUGAUCCUUACAAGUCUUACCUCACCAAUGAGCAAGUUAUUCGCCAAGACCUGCUAGCCCUACAGUCUGAAGGUAGUAAGAGAGGCAUAAAUGAGGUGCCAAGUCUUGCAUUUGUGGGCACAUUUCUUGAUCAGCAGGAUUCCUGCACCGAGGAAACCCCUGACCAAAAAGAUAAGUUGCUGCAUUCAAUGAUCGCCGAAAUUCUUCCUAAAGAGCUUCAAAAGUCUAUAAUAAGUAAUGGGGAUUCCCUGCAGCAUGUUACCUUUAGGCUGAAUGCCAGAACGCCUAGUGACAUCGAUUACGAUACUGCUAGGAGAUUAAAAGAUGCUUUAAUGAGCCAAUCUCAAGUUAAGCCUAAAAAUCUUCCCCUAAAGUGGUGUGGUUUUGAGGUAUCCCUGCGCAAGCUCAUGGAAGCACUUGGACGCCAGACUCUUAGUCUUCAAGAAUGUGAAUUUGUUGGCUACAAGCUUGGCUUCGAUGUGCCUUCCCUUAAAGCUUGUCUCCAAUACUUGCGUCAGCUCCACAUCAUAUCAUUCUACGAUGUUUUGCCAAAUGUUAUUUUUGGAAGCUGUCAGGUUAUUCUUGACAAAAUCACUGAGCUUAUCACAUACAGCCUUGAGCUUAAGAAAGGUAAUCAUCCACUGAGCGGGGCGGACCGAAACUUCCUUCACCAGGGCAUUUUGUCACUAGAUAUCCUUCGGUCUGAAUCCUGUUCCAAGCACUACAACAAUCAUUUUACACGAGCAUGUUUGCUGAAGGUGCUCAAGUCACUAUUCAUUUUUACAGAUGUUGGGAUCGGGGAGUACCUUAUGCCUUGUGUUUUGGAGGUGAGUGAUAUCUUCCCACCUCUUCCACCUAAUAAAAGCACCAUUAGAUCGUCUUUCAUUUUCCAUUUCUUCAAGAAAAGCCCUAUGCUUGGAAUCUACUGCUGCACCGUAUCAUAUCUGCUCGCAAAGGCUGGUUGGAAACUUCUUAGUAAACGUGGAGAGGUGGUGCAGGUAGCGCGAAAUAGCAUUACUUUUGAACUGCCUCAAAAUCUUCCAGGGAAACUAACCUUCCUCGAUCCUCUUUCUUCCUACCUCGGGGUAAUAGUAGAGCUUCCAGCCGUUAUUGCGUCAGAGCACAGAGCAAAUCUCUAUCAUGAAAUCCGUGCUACGUUUGCGGUAGCUAUAGAGCAGGCAAUGCUAACCCUCCACUAUGAGGUGAGGACACCUCAACUGUCCUUCUUGUGCCCUGAACAGAGUUCUCGAUGCUCCACCUUGCCUCACAUUUCAACAGUUGACGCUACUCACAGCUUUCUCACCUGCUCAAUCUGUCCAGAUAUUGUUGUUCCUCCCCUCACUGAUGACCAGAUUAUGUGGCUUGAAUGCAUUCACACUAUAAGUAAAGACCCAAGAUCUCCUAAAAGACGUAUUGCAGCACCUUCUCUCUCGAUUACAGAAGAUCGUCCAACUAUGCCGCAGCUUAUUGAUAUUGACUUGCCUUCAAGAGUUGGAGAAAAAUUCAAUGUGUUCGGAACUCUUCUUCUCCAAGACGAUUAUUGCAACAAGAUGGAGAACAUCACAGAAGGUUGCCGCGGGAAGCCAGAGCGAAUCACAAUUGCAGUUCUGAGGGAGUGGCUUCAAGGGAAGGGGGUGGAGGUGUCGUGGGAGAGCCUCAUAGCAACUCUGAGGAAGAGCAAACUAGAACUUAUGGCUGAUCAGGUACAGAUGGCUCUGGACAAACUAAGAUCUUGAUCAUUUGUGUCCCUAUAUUAAUUAUUUUUUGUACACAUGCCGACAACCAUUAAUGUUAACUUUUCCCUGGAAAACCAAACAUCUUCAACUAAAAGUCCUAUAUGUCAUGGAUUUUUUUAUAGUUCGUAACUUUUGUGAGAUAA